AUGCAUUUUUUUCUGACAUUCAUUCUCAUUUCAUCGUUGAUCUAUUCUAUUGAAGCUGGUCAAUGUCAAGUGCAUAAUCAACCAAAUUAUCUUUCACUGGCUUCGACUAAAGAUAAUGAAAAUGUAAAUCGAAUAACAAUAUCAAAUUUUGCUAAUAAUUUAGCAACACUAUUAGGUCUAUCACCAGAUCAGACAGAUCAACAAGAACAACCAUUUUUCUAUUCAAGUCGUCCACUUGAAAUUCCAUCAUCUACUUGGCUAUUUCAUGUUGAAGGUUUCGAUAAUUUAUUUAAUAAUGGUACUGCAUUAGAAGACGACGAUGAAUUCGACAUCAAUUCAAUUCAUUCAAAAUUAAGCCGAAUUGGUAAUCAAGAUACUUUGAAUAUUGGAUCAAUUUUAAUUAAUUCAAAAUCGGAUAUGGAUAAUCUUGAACAAACACUUAAAACUCAAAUAUCACAAAUGAAUGAUCAGGCUUCAAUUAAAUACAUUGUAAUUGUUUGUGAAGAUUGUAAAGAUGAUAAAUCAUCGGAACAAUUACAAAAUCAAUUGAAGACUACCAUUGAUCAAAUUAUUGCAAAAAAUCCACAAACAUUAGCAAUGACAUUAGCAACAAAAGAGAUUGCACGUGUUCGUCGAGCACGACAAACUACGCAAGUUAGUAAAAAUGUAACAAUUGCAACAAUGUAUUCCGAUGAAUAUCCAGUUAUGUUCAAUUUAUUCUUUUGGACCUCAUUGGUUUUAGCAUUAAUUGUUAUUAGUAUAGCCUAUGUAUUUUUAACAUUAGAUCCAGGAGCGGAUACAAUUAUCUAUCGUAUGACAACACCAAGAUUAAAGGCUGAUUAA